UAGGUUGGGCUGGCAAACAAACAGAACAUUUUUGUAUUCUCUAAAACCUACAGAACACUUUGGGAACGCCAUGCAGCUCGUUGUGCACGUCAUGUAUGAUUCUGAUCUUGGCAGACAACACAGCUUUGUGACAGAUAAAAUGACAAAGGAAGAAAACAUAUCAGCCUACUUCCAUGAUUUAUUUCAAAAGGUGGAAGGUGCUUUCCUUAAUCUUUCAGUAAAUAUAAGCCUCACGAUUGCAAGCGUAUUUCAGAAUAACAAUCUGUCGGUACGGUUAAAGGCAUCGACACGAAAGGUGCUGCUAGAUCGCCAAAAGACACUGGAAAAAGUAAAAGACUACGGCCAACCUAAAACUGGCAAAAAUAUGGAAAUCUAUUACUAUUUCGUUUCGCACCCAUUGGUUGACAGCCCCUCUGAGCGCUACAGCAGCGAUGCUGCCACAGGAGCCUUUGGGACGUCUUUCACCUUUUGUACCCGAUUGAAGGAAAAGGCUGAUUUGUUCUCUCAAAGAGAAAAGCAGGAGCACAACAAACCUUAUAAUGAUGUCAACCAAUGGAACGUUUUGCACCAACGAAUCAAAUGCAGCUGUAGUGAGGCAUUCGUUUAUGAACAGAAAUUUUUAUUGGAGAGCAGCAAUAGCAACGGCUUAUAUACUUGGCGCCAAACCGAUUCCUUUUUUUGUAUCCCUUAAGCCAGGGAACCUCAGCGAAGUGAAAAACACAAUGUCACGCUGCCUAAGAGUUCAUCCGGAAGAAAACAAAGAAAAUGGAUAUAAGCAUGGCAUGGAGGAAUACACAGAAGCUGAAAACGGAGCUGCUACAGUUGCGUCAUGCUAACAGCAGAGUGAUAAGAAUGCGUUGAAUAUGUAAUUUUCUUAAAAUAAAAGGAAAUAAAUAGUUUUAAUUAACA